UCUAUCACUCUCAAACUCGCGCCAAGCCGCAAACACUUUGAAACUUUUCACUCACCACCAUCAACUACUCCAAUAUCAUUUUGUGUGUGCUCUGCUUUUUUGUGUCGUUAAUCGGACUCUUCCUCGAAUUUUUGCGAUUUGUUUCAGAUCAUCUGGCAGCGGGAGAGCCCUACGCGUCUAGUCUCGACUUGUUCACUUAGCCAAUUUACAAACUGGAAAGUUUUCAACUUACUUUUCCAUCACAAGAAAUAAAAUGUAUUUUUUCGCGUUCACGCCAACGAAUCUCGCAGACGCCAUUAGCACAUUCUUAAGAAUCCGGCCGUUGUUUAGGUAAGCUAAUAAAGGUAAAAGAACUCACGAUGUCCGGUGCCCAGAAGGGAGCACUUUACGCCGACAUCCUCCUGAAAAUUAACGCGUCCGAUCAGCAAACCUAUCAGGAUGUCACCUCGACGGUGUAUCCUGUUAUCAAAGGGCCGUUCUAUCGCAGCAUACAGACGACCAUCGAGACAAACAUCACUGAAUCGCUGAACGGACCCAAUCCCACCGACAUCAACUCAUUCUUCUUCUACAAGACGGAACAACUUACGAUAUUGUGGGCGCUCUUCGCCAUGAUAGUUCUCGGCAACUCGGCGGUGCUUAUUGCACUAAUCGUCAGCAAGUCGAGGAAGUCCCGAAUGAAUUUCUUCAUAAGACAUCUCGCCCUCGCCGAUUUGUCGGUGGGCCUGAUCAACGUGUCGACCGACAUCGCCUGGAGGAUAACGGUGGCCUGGCACGCAGGCAAUAUCCUCUGCAAAUUCAUUCGCUUCUUGCAGACGGUCGUCAUCUACUCCUCGACUUACGUGCUGGUUGCCCUCUCCAUUGACCGCUACGACGCCAUCACCCAUCCCAUGAACUUCAGCGGAAGCUGGAAACGUGCCAGGGUUUUAGUGAUCCUUGCGUGGGCACUCAGUAUCUUCUUCGCAUUACCCACCGCCUAUCUCUUCGAGGAAAAGUCAAUUGAUGGGUUGUCUCAGUGCUGGAUUGACCUGAAAGACUGGCAGUGGAAGGUGUAUAUGACCUUGGUAUCCUUAGCGUUGUUCGUUGUUCCAGCCCUGAUAAUCAGCGCCUGUUACGCCGUGAUCGUCUGGACGAUCUGGUCCAAAAGUAAGAUAUUAAUACCGGUUGGACACGUGCCAAUUAGACAGAACGACGAUCUCAUCGAUCGGAUCCCACGUCAUCAGUUCUACAGCGACGACCACGAUAGCCGAAGAGCCAGUUCCAGAGGAAUAAUUCCCAGAGCCAAAAUUAAGACUGUUAAAAUGACAUUUGUCAUCGUGUUCGUGUUCGUCCUGUGCUGGAGCCCUUACAUAGUGUUUGACUUGCUCCAAGUCUACGGGUACAUACCCAAGACGCAAACGAACAUAGCCAUAGCCACGCUGAUCCAGAGUCUGGCACCACUCAACUCCGCCGCAAAUCCGGUCAUCUACUGUCUCUUCUCCACCCACGUCUGCAGAAACCUCAGAUGCUGUUCAUUACUAAAAAAUGUAAACUUCGACCCCUGCAGAAAGUUCCCGCCGUUCACGUGGAUGUCGACAUGCCUGUCGCUGUGCUUCCCCGGCGAGGCGGACGGCUCCGGAACCGUGACGACGUCGUUGACGCACUCGUCGCGACGUUCCGGCUCAGCGGCCAGUCUCCGGCACACCAUACGGCUGCAGCCAGCCCUCCACAACACCCAUAAGGUCGCCAUCUCUGUUGUCUAGUCAUUUGUGGAAGUUCGAGAGUUUACUGAUUAAUGAGUCCUAAACACCGGCACAAGUAUUAAUUAGAAUUCGACUCGACAACUCCAAACAAGAAACAGUUUAUGUGUUUGUAUUACCGUGCAUUUCUAUAACAUAAAUUGUACCUUUAUUAGUUAUGUUCAAUUGCCUGAAGUAUUAUGUGCGAGAGUUUGCAAAUUCCCUGAACGUGUGGCGCACAGUUAUUCAUUCAUUAAUUGUAUUAAUUGUAUCGAUUAGACUUUCCAUCAUAGGUUUGUCAAUUCUCGCAUUCUUUCUUACGUAAAUCUAUUGACAAUAUAUAUAGAUCAAAAUAUUGUUGUUAAAUUACCGAUAGUUAGUUAAAAUUUAAAUACAGGGUGUUUUUAUAUAGAAUAGGAUCUUCUAUUUUAUACUGUCUAUUUUAUGUUACUAUUUUUAUUAAGAUCUGGUAAAUUUUUGAUCUCAAAAAAUUGAAUUAUUUGUUCACAAUUGUAAAUACAUUUUGUAAAUAUUAUGGAAUUGUACAUAAAAGUACCAAUUAUACACAAUUUGCUAACAACAUUUUGAUAAUUUUGUGAAAAUAUAUCUUAUAUUAAAUUA